GGACCAUGUUGCUUCCGGCCCUUUUUAAGCUUCGUCCAUGUGCUUCCCCUUCUGUUUCCAGAUCCUGUUUUCUUUCUCCCCUAAAAAAUUAUAGGUGCAUCUGCAUGUCAUCUUCAUUAAUUCGGGCCAGACCACGGUGUAAUGAGCAAGACCAUAACUUGGAGUUAAUGUUUUGAAGAUGAUGAUGAGAGAGAGAAAGCAAAGGAGGAGAAAACUUGGAGCAAAAGAAAAAUGGAUCAAUACUUGAAAUGGGUACAAGCUUUGGCAACGGCAUGGGGUUUCAUGCUACUGGUGGGUCUCAUGUGUUGCUGUCUCAGCACCAAGCCACGUCAACCUGGCGACAUAGGCAGCGACAACGGUGGUUGUUCUUGCGACGGCGGGGGUUACUCCGGCGUUUGAUGCAUCCUCUGCCAUUUUGUCUGAUAAUUUAACGCUUUUCUUCUUCUUCUUCUUCUUCUUUUUUUUUUUGUUUGUGCUAUUCCCUUUCUAUUUUUCUCUUCUUUCAUCUUUGAUUUUUUUGGGUGGUGUGAUGUGAAGGAUGAGGGUGUGUCCUGUAUAGAGCAUGAGCCGGGUGUUGAGUGCUCAUAUACUGAAAAUAGCAUGUAAUUGAAAUUAAUGGGUUAAUUUUCC